AUGGAUGAAAUCAGCCUGACGUACAUCACAACAUUCAUCUUGUUAAGACGAACAUGGUGUACCAUUCUCGUUAGUAAGACGGACAUCAACAAUAUCCCGGAUAACUCUGUCUAAUGUAACUCGCAAUUCUUUGUUUUCACGUUGUAACUUCGCAACCUGUAAUGUCAUAUGAUGUUACCAUUCCGUGUUUCCAUCUCAUGGAUGUCUUGGACCUCAAGGCUUAAAAGCCAUGAUUUCUCUUUCUUUUUUUUUUACUGUUGGUUAAAAACUCAAGAGAUUUCCUUAAUGGUAUAUAGUCAUCAAACAAGAUCCUUACAGAAGUGAAAAUUGUGAAGAGAGACAGGAAUGGAAUUUUAUGCAGAAACACACAAGCCAAGUUUGACUCCUUUUUGGUUUCCGGACAAAAUUGAAAAUCCUUUGCCAAGUUCAACCCCUAAAAAUGUAAAGAGAAAGAAGAGGACAAAGAAAAUUAUAUUGCUACCCACCUAUCUACUUACAAGAAAGCAAAUAUGAUGAUGUGUGAUUCCCUUUCUUUCAUCACCUUCUUCAUAUACCCCUAGAGAAUAUAGCAGACUGAUAUAUUUGGAAUAUCACACUAAUGUAGACAUGUAGUAACCUUUAUCCUAAUACGAAAACUAUCAUAGGUUGAAGUUUGCACAGAUCUGAAUACCAUAUGUUUAACAAACGGGAUUAUCGAAAUUUAAAUAAAAGACCUCCCAAUCAGAUAACGCUCUAAUACCAUGUCAAAAAACAAUUAUCCAUAACUCUCACUCUCCCGUGUCAUUGUUGAAGUUUAAGCCCAACCUUGAACAAGAAUCCCAACUCUAAUAGAAAAACAGAGGAAAUUACUCUGUUUUUUUCUUUCUCUCCAAACUGACCACCACAGCAAACAAAAAAGAAAAAGAAAGGGUACAGCUCUGCCCAUCUGGGUCCUAUUUUAAUAUGCUCCUCUCCAGUUAAUGCUCCCCCAUCUCCCCCAACCUUUUUCUUUUGUGCAUUUGUGUGUGUGCUCUCUCUGUCAGAUUUCAAAACCCAUGAGAGAGACCACCAGAAUCUCUGUUACACAAAACCCAGAGUAUUUUACAAGAAACAGAGUGUUUUGAGUAGAACAGCCAACUGCUGAACAAAGAAAUAAACAAAAACAAAACCCCAGAAGAAGAAAAAAACAACAGCUGGUUGGGUUGGUUGCUUGCUUCUAUAGUUUCUUAUUCGAGGUGGGUAAUUGAAGCCUUGAAGUUGCAGAUUUAGUUUUGUCUUUCCUUGAAUGGUGGUGAGAGUGUGCUCCAAUUUUGGAUUGACAUGAAGAAGAGAGAUGAAACAGAAGCAGUAGCAGCAGAAGAAGAUGGCUCAAUAUUUCCACGGAGAAGAAGACAACGGAAAACCCACCAUCUUCUUCUUCUUCUUCGUCUUCCUCUGCUGAUCUCACAACAGGACAGCGCCUUUCCUCUACACCAACCUACUACAUUAGCCUCUGCGAUACAAACAAUACACAAACAACCACAUUCUUAUUCUUCAAAAAUGGCCGUUUCUCCUUCUAAUCUUGCUCUUUCUGUAUCUCUAUCCCACAUUUUUGUUGCCUUUCUCCUUGUCUCCCUCUGUUGCUCCAUAUCCCCUGUCUUGUCGAAUUCCUCUGCCAAUGAAACCCAGACUUUCAUGCCAAAGAAAGAGUUUCUCAAGCUCAAGAGGGUCAAUGAUUAUCUCAAGAAGAUCAACAAGCCUGCUGUCAAGACAAUUCAGAGCCCCGACGGAGAUGUGUUCGACUGCGUCUUAUCGCAUCUUCAACCAGCAUUCGAUCAUCCCCUGCUCAAAGGACACAAACCAUUGGAUCCACCAGAGAGGCCGAAGGGCAACGAGACAGCAGAAACAGGGGAAAUAGCAGAGAGCUUCCAGCAAUGGCACGAUUCAGGGGAAUCCUGCCCUGAAGGCACUGUUCCAAUCCGACGAACUACAGAGAAAGACGUUCUCAGAGCAAAUAAGCUCAGGCGAUUCGGGAAGAAACCCAUCAGACAUCUCAGGAGAGAUUCAUCAGGAAACGGCCACGAGCAUGCUGUGGUGUUUGUGAACGGAGAUCAAUACUACGGAGCAAAGGCGAACAUCAACGUAUGGGCGCCAAAGGUCACCGAUCCUUACGAGUUCAGCUUGUCGCAAAUUUGGGUCAUCUCUGGCUCUUUUGAGAACGAUCUCAACACCAUUGAAGCUGGUUGGCAGGUGAGCCCUGAAUUGUAUGGUGACAGCUACCCAAGAUUCUUCACUUAUUGGACAACGGAUGCGUAUCAGGCAACAGGAUGCUACAACUUGCUCUGUUCCGGGUUCAUCCAGACCAACAACAAGAUUGCCAUUGGAGCUGCAAUAUCCCCCAGGUCGUCCUACAGGGGAAGACAGUUUGAUAUCGGCCUAAUGGUCUGGAAGGAUCCGAAGCACGGGCACUGGUGGCUGGAGUUCGGGUCGGGUCUCCUGGUGGGAUACUGGCCGGAUUUCCUGUUCAGUCACCUGAGGAGCCACGCGAGCAUGGUCCAGUUCGGCGGCGAGAUCGUGAACUCGAGGUCGACCGGCGGAGCCCAUACUUACACGCAGAUGGGGAGCGGGCAUUUCGCCGACGAAGGGUUUGGGAAGUCGUCGUAUUUCAGGAACUUGCAGACGGUGGAUUGGGAUAACAAUUUGCUGCCUCUGAAUAACCUGCAUUUGCUGGCUGAUCAUUCUAAUUGUUAUGAUAUAAGGCAGGGGAGGAAUGGCGUUUGGGGGACUUAUUUUUACUAUGGAGGUCCAGGAAGGAAUAUCCGGUGCCCUUAGUUUACAAAAAAAAGUGGCUUUUUUUGUUGUUGUUAUUUAUUUGUAUGAUCAUUGUGUUAAUUUUUUACUAUCUAAUAAUUAGGGUUGGCUUGGGCUUUUUUUAUUUACUAUCUGAAGGGGCUCCUCCAUUUUUCUUUCUGUGUGUAAGAGGCUGGUAGUAUUGUGCAUAAUUUUGAGAAUACAUGAUGUGAAUGGAAUCGAUUGGUGUCUUUCUCACUUUUGAGUAUGGGUGAAUUAAAAUCUACCAUUUGAUCCAUCCAAUUCAUUCCGUACUUACUUAAUCGAGACUAAAUAAAAUUUUAUGGAUAGGUGAGAAUGUAAAACCGAAGUUGUUUGAUGUUGAGUUACAGUUUAUGAAAUUCGAAACAAAAUCAAAUAUGUUCGAGAAUUUCUUAUUUAUCCACCUUGAAUGUUUAGAAGCAAUCACUCUCUACUCAACCUAAUCAAUCAACUUUCUUACAAAGUUCACAAAAGCCAAAUAUUCCUGCUGAUAAUUUCAUCACAGAUGACCGGUGGUACCGAAACCUUUUUGAACAGUUAUUCUACAUCCAACCGUUGACACUAUGAUUUAUAACAAAAUCAAAUUGUUAUAAGCCCUUGUUCGGAUAAUUACCAAGACACGAUUUAACUACUACCAAUAAUAAAAAAAACAGUGUCUGUGAAACCGUAACGUACCGGCGAUCCAACUGGAAAUUCUCCUAUCGAAACCUAAAAUCGUAGGCGGUUUUAGCAGCAUGAAAUGGUACAAUCCUAGUUAAACUAUGGUUUCAAGAUAAAAUUAUUUCCUACUGACUUUUCCGAUACAACCACGGACAGGGUUUCGCAAUCCUUGAUAAAAGGAUGUGUUGAUAACAUUUGGAGCAUGAAAAUGCCUAAUUUCGGGGACCCUUAUUAUUUUUUUUAGUUAUGGGAAAUUGAGACUCAGCAUGUGGGAAGGGAUAGUUUAAGAGAGGGGUGGGUUUGAAAAUUAGGGUUGGCCACUGAACCUUCUCUGUUAUGUAUAUAUCUUAAUUAGGAUCCCAGUUGAGAACCCCACAAAUGGAGAAUCUCAGUUGCUUGGUUUGUUGCUAUUUUAUAAUAGUGAAGUUCAAGAUUGGGAAGAAGAAAAGAAUAUUGCUUCCAAGAGAGUCAAACCCCCCAAUAUGUCUUCAGGCUUCCAGCCAAGCCAACCAACCCUCAUUAAUCAUAUUAUCCAACAAAGCUUUUGUCCUUUUCCCAACAUGCAACUAUUUUUAUUUAUUUAUAUAUUAAUUAUCAAGAUUCAACAAAAUAGUAAGACACGGACGCGGACGCGGACGUUCUAAUUUUUGCUUAGGGCUUAAUUUUUCAUAAGUUCAUAGAAUUAUAGUUCAAUGGUCACAAAGUUAUCGAGCUAUUGAAAAGAUUAAGAUAGAAGAUUAAAUUUGUAUACGUUGUUGAUUUCCACAUUUGAUAUUGAUUGUCUUGCUCCAUUCGAUUAAUGUCUAGGUGCAGCUUUACUGAAUCGAUGUGUUCUUAUUAUCUAACUCGUUAUGAUACUCCUGAAUGAAGCGUUCUGGUGUUGUCUAGCACAUAAGCUAUGUCUAGACGUAAGUUCAAUCACACCUUCUGAAACCUUAGUCACUCGGAGAAUUGCAAUUACAGUCCUUUUUUUGACAAAUUUGUUUUAGGUUACUUUUUGGUAUGGUAUAUUGGUCAUGUCCUGCUACCAAAACCCUGACUGGGAAGUGGGAAAAGGUCAUCACCAAGUUCCACUGGCAAUCAGCUAAUGACCAAUUCUUGUGCAGUACAUUUGAGAGGAGAGGGGAGUCUUCAAAAGGCCAAUUCAACUGAGAAAAGGAGGCACGAAAAGAUGGCCUGAAGAGUGGAAAAAAGGAACCAACUUUGUGGGACUAUUGCAAGCAAAGCAACGCGUAGAGAUGCAAAGAAAAAGCUGAACCAGUUUCAUCAUGUUCAGAUGUUCCUCCUUUUGGGGAUUGGCUUUUUCGACCGAAAUCCCAAUCGAAUUCGAAUCGAGAGAAGUAGUUUCGAACAAGCAGAAAUAACGAAUAGCGUUGAGGCUUAUUCUAACUAGUAGAUGCAAAGAAAAUGAUGAAAUCAAGCUUUCUGCUGUUUGGUUCCAUUAAUAAACAGACCCAACUUGCUGAUAAAAUGAAGCUCUGUUAAACUCAGUCUUGAGAACUAUAAACCACUUUUCAGAGACCAAAGUCUAUGAAUUUGAAAGAAAAAAAAAACGUUGGUAACAAAU